AUGUCAAGCGGCAAGAAAGGCACAACGCCAGUACAGCCGCGCAGAGAUGUGCUGGCUUCGCUUCGGAUGGCCUCGAUGGAGGAUAUUUCACGGGCCUCACUGCCCGCUGAGAUCAUGACUUCUGUACUGGACUACUUGGAUCCUGUCGACCUCAUCCGCGUGGCGCGCUCGAGCAAACUUCUGCAUGAAAUGGCAUACGACGAUACACGAUGGGUACAACUUUUGAAACGCAUUGGGUGUUGGAACGAGGCGGAUGCUCGGAAACACAUUGAGGCAUCCUAUGGAACAAUCGCCAAUCCUCAUCUUGGAGACGACGAGAUCAUGACUGGGCAAGCAAGCGGUACCAUACCGUCUAUACUCAUUGAGAGUGCCCCGGACUCCGAGGUGCAGCAGAAGCUGUCCGAUGGAUUCGACAAAAUUGACUUGGUCAAUACGAGCUUGCCAUCGGGAUCAGGAGCCACAGAUGAGGAUGACCCAGAUCUUACGAUACUGAGUACCGCCAAGUCUAUACGGGGCGAGGCACGACAUCAAUAUGGCAGAAUACAUGGUGCGCUCGCGCCAUUUUACAACGACAUAGCACAGAAAGGUCCCUCGAUGGACAGGCUUGUCUUCGCACGAUAUAAAGAUCCCCAAUCCCGGGCACAGAUGUUGUCGCAGCUAGCGGCAUUUGCCAGGUCCGACUUGACUGAUGGCUGUGAAGACCGGACAGAUCGCCUUCAACGGACGGUGGCCUUGUUCGAGACGGCGGCUUUGGAGGAGUUCCGGAAUGCGUACGAAGCUGAAGACAUUGGUGGGAAUAUGCGAAAGUAUGCUUACGUGCUUUGGACAUUGAAUGGCGGCCAAGCGGCCGUUGAUGCCUUUGUACGCCACAACCAUUUGAUGGCUCGGCGAAGCGAGCUAGGCACCGUGGCGGACUGCAUCGAUGCAUCGGGCAAAAUAAAACUACAGCACACGCAAGCUUUCUUUACGAGACUAAGUGUGGCCUUCAAUGAAGAGAUCGCUAUUUUGAAUCAAGCAUUUCCUCUGGAACUGGACGUUGCCUCGCCAUUUUUAAGAAAAGUGGGACAGGAUGUGCUCUAUCCAUUUCUCACAGCUAUCUUUGACGAGCUGCACCGCAGCAACAUGGAGUCCUAUCUUACUGCUGUUUCAGUCACGUUUGUGCAGUGUCUCAAUCUGUCCGAAUCUCUUUUGCCCAUUCGAAGUGCCGGCGAAGAAAGCGAACUCUCCUUUGAUCCUGUCGUCAUCCAGAUUUUUGAGCCUCAUAUUGAUCUAUACCUUGCGGAGGAACUCGACUUCUUCCGAAAAGGAUGUGAAGCUGCGAUCGACGAUUGGGACCGACAACUCUCCGAGCAAGCCGCAUCUGCCGAGUCGUUCCUCAUGUCCAAUAUCAACCGCCAGGCGGACAAGCGAGAUUUUCUGACCUCGUUCAAGAAGGUGAUUAUGAUGCCUGUGAAUAUUUUGCCUGGAUUUUCGGGUAACAAAGCCGCGAGCGGUGGCCCUUCGGCUAAUGCCGAAGCAAAUGGAGCCGCUGAAACCGCGGUCAAGUCGUCUAAUAGAUUUUCUACCAUCGCUUCACCAGCGACACCGACAUUGGAGGAGGCGCCCACUACGGAGCUGGCCGCCAAGGCGGCCAUCAUGAAGACCAAGAUGGAGGGCAUCAAAUCCCUCUUCAGCAUUGAGAUUGCCUUGAAUCUCGUGCACUCGGCCAAAUCGAGUCUAGAGCGAGCCGCUCAAUUCGUACGCUUGGGCGGCGAGUACGAACAGGCCGCAAAGCGUCAAUGCGAGGCCAUCUUUGUCGCUCUUCUUCGUUUGCUGGGCUACCGUCAUGUCAUUGUUGGAUUUGACAAAGCUGUUGAUCAUCUCUCAAAUUAUCGGCCCCGGGAGCAGGACGAACGUGAUUCAUCAGGGGUUGAGCCUUUGGUCACUUUUCUGGAGCUGGUCAAUGUGGGCGACCUGAUCUUGCAGAUGGUUGAUGUGUUCUAUGAGCAAGAACUGAUUGCGACGAGGUUGACGGACCGGCAAGACUUCCUCGAUCCGGCUGUCAAGGAAAAGAAAAAGUUCGAACAGAUGCUCGACGAACGUGUUGCUGCAGGCCUCAACAAGGGCAUUGACGUUCUCAUGGAGGAAGUGGAUUAUAUUCUCGCGACGCGGCAGCUCGCAACUGACUUCAACCCUGGUGUAUCUGCAGAUCCUCAUCGGCAGACAAUGGACGUGGGGGUGAGCCAAGCAGCCGCCGCCGUGGUCGAUGUGGUGUCAUCGCACACACAAAUGUUGGUUGGUAGUACCGACAAGAGCACACUGGAUGUGUUCAAUCAAGAAGUUGGCCUGCGCCUGUUCACUGCGCUCUGCAAACAUCUGAAGCGGCAGCGAAUCAGUAUCGAGGGCUCCCUCAAACUGAUCAGUGACAUGAACCAUUACUUCAAGUUCAUCCAAACCCUUCGGAACAACGAGCUCCUGGUCUAUUUCAAAGCCUUUCGGGAACUGGCUCAAAUCUAUCUGAUCGAUCCGUCAGACGCCAAGGAAUUGGCGACCAUCAUCGCCGACGCCGAUCGAUUUUAUGGCAUAUGGCGGGUUGAAGAAGUUUCUGAAUUUGCCGAGCGCCGAGUCGACUGGUAUCAGGUCAAAGGAGAUGUAGAGCGAGCCAUGUAUGGCGCUGGCUGUCGUCUGAUGUAG